AUUGGUAUGAGUGUUGCAGAACGACACACUUCGCAGUCAGUCCACAAGAGUGACAGACAGAGGCCCCACACCACAGACUGACUGAUCACUUCACGUAGCCCCCCUCCUCACGAGUGGGUGUCUCCGGUCGCUCUUGACAGGAGGUGUGUGGAUGCUCAAGCGAAACCUGCCUGUCUUGCCCGCCACACUCGUGAACACAAUGAGCUGACUGUUGCCCUUUUGGGUCAACCAAAAGUGCUGGCUGGGGAUAGAGGUGGGUGUGGUCUGUCUGCGGGGUUUAUGUGAUGCAGUGCAGCACGAUCCAGACAGACACAGACUCGGCCAUCGGACAGCUGCCACACUCACACACUCAAACACACAAGUCAGACAGACAGACAGACAGGCAGGCAGCCAGGCACUUCGCGCGCAAUCAGACACACACAGCCUACCCCAACGAGCACCGAAGCAGACACCUGCACGUCAACUGGAACCGACAAAGACACCACAUAGACAGAAAGGCACACCACACACAUCAGGUCAUAGCACACUCAUCUCCCCCGCUGCCCUUUGAUCUCUCUGCACCGCAACACAAAAGUGGCAGCUGCUGUCUGUCAGGUAAACCAAGCUGGACAGACGAAAAAGGCCUUACACACUUCACACACACAUCAGACCAGAAGAACCUAUCGCUUGUACUUCUGCAUGAUCUCUCUUAUCUCGGCUUUCUUCUUCUCUUUUUCCGAAAUCACGAACUCUGCCGCCUCGUCCCACGGCGUGUACCCCUGUUGUGAUGAGAUGAGAUGAGCACACCGCUCAGCCCAUCGAUGGUGUGAAUGUCUGUGGGCACUCACCUCAUUGUCUUUGAUGUCCAGCAGCGCACCGCCGCCCCACUCGAGCCUUUGAGAAUGACACACACACACAGAGAGAGAGAGAGUGUGGAUGAGAUGUUCGCGUCAGUCAGUCAUCUGUGUCGCCCACAGCUGAGACACAGCCGUAGAGUGGCCAUCCCGUGCAGCCCAAUGAAGUGCCGUGUUUCCAUUCUGUUUGUGUCAUACACACAGACGAAAGGCAAUCAAGCAGUGAGAGAAGACUGUGUUGUCUCACGUUGUUCGUCUGUGUGAGCAGGUCCUUUCGUUUGGCAUACAGAGCCUCCAACACAUCGACAUGGCCAUUGUAGGCAGCCGACAUGAAUGGCGUCCAGCCAUACUGCAAUCAAAACACACACACACACACAAUCGACACACUGAGGCGUCAGAGGCAUGUGUGUGCUCUGUCACCUUGUUGCGUGCAUCGAUCAGUUUGGGAUCCCACUCCAUCAGCUUAUUGACCGCCGCAACACGACCACUCCAGGCAGCCCGGUGCAGGGCAGUGUUACCAAGCUGCAUUGCAUCACGGCCAACACACAUCUCCUCCUCAUCAGCAGCAGCACAAAAGAUGGUUUGUCUGUGUCGGUACCUGGUUGUCUGUUUGCUGCAGUACGUCAGGUUUGCUCUCAUACAUGACCGACAUGACGCCCACGUGACCCUCAGCUGCAGCCACGAUGAAGGGUGUCCACUGCAGAAAUGAGAACACACAGACAGACCACUGAGGGCAUUCCUGUCGGCUUCACAAUUGUUCCACACCCCGCUGCUUUCUCGUUUGUCGAGUAUGUCCUUGCCGUCUCGCUCGAUGAACAAACGGACGGACUACAAAUCGCCGAACUUGGCGGCCUCAAAGAUGUCCGUCUGCCACACAACCAGCACAAGAAGAGCGGCCCAUUGACGUGUGGGAUUCAGUCGCUGUCUCCCUUACGUGUUUAAUUUGCGGCUGUGGGGCCCUCGGCGGUGUCUUCACUGACGGCUGCUGGGCGGGGGGCACUGCGCGACACACAGAGCAUCGGAUGGUGUGGCCCUGUGUGCGUCUCUGUGUGUGUGUGUCUCGCCGACCAAUGUGCUGCGAGGGCGGCUGAGAGGUCUUGGCCACACUGCUGGCGGCCCCGUUGUGGUGCUGGCCGUGCUCAUGUGCACACCCGACGAAUGGCCGCCAGGAGAUGACGCAGUGCCUGCAUUUGACCGCAAGACGUCUACAGCAGAGAGGAGCCGCGCAUCAAUGAUUACCUCUAAAGCUCUCGCCCGUCCCGCGAAAGAAUCCUCAGCGGAAUCGCGGUGCCGGCGAGUCAGCUGCCUUCCCGCUUUGACUUCCAGACGAAGACGAGAUGCGCAACUUGUCGAGGACCUGUAAUGGGACGAGCAGCAAGGCCCGACAAAGAGAUGGGAAAUAUCUGCUCGUGUGUCUGACUUGUUUGGCUGUCGGACGAUUGGCGGUUUUGUAGGCAAAACACAUCUGAUGGACGCAAAGCGGAAGAGAGAGAAAGAUCAUGGAUACCCAUUCUGUUGUCGGUUGCCUUGAUGGCAGUCUUGAUGUGCGGCGGCAGAGACGCCGGAAUAUCAGGAAUCUGACACGAAGGGAGACACGAGUGAAUGAAUAAGACCGAGGCAGUCUAAUGAGGCGAAUCGAGUACCUCUUUUUUGUUGACGACCUUUCGACUGAUCUGCGCCAUAACUUUUCCCUCAAACGGAGGCCGACCUGCACUCAGAGUAUGUCGUGGCCGCUGUUCUUAUGAGGAGUGUCACAGGGGAUCUGCUGCUGACCUCCAUGAAUCUCCCCGAGUACUGAAGACGCACACAUACACAAAUGGACAAGAAAGAGGCGAUGAAGUAGCGGCUUGCAACAUGUCUCUCUUGUGUGUGGCAUGGCUUGCUUACUGCCGCCCAAAGCCCAAAUGUCCGCCUUGGCAGUCAGCUUGUCCACUGAACGACAUAGCAGUAAGACCCUCCAGCCAGUGACAUUGACUCGCUUUGCUUACGAUCUGUGUCGAAGCCCUCGGGCGGCAUAUAGUUGGGAGUCCCUCCAACUGCAGCACAUGAGUCAUUUCUGCUCUCGUGAGCCGCACUGCAAACAUUGGUCUGUGUGUGACUACCAGCGGUGAGCGUUGUCUUUCUCUGUGCGCUGCGAAUCAUUCCGAAGUCCGACAGUUUGAUGUUGUGGCCUUCAUCCAACUUAGAUGAGUGAGACAACAAAAAGUCUGAACCUCUCAUAGGAGGAUCUCUAUCGUGGCCGACCAGUAUGUUCUCGGGUUUCAAAUCUCUGUGGACGAUGUGGUUGUCAUGCAUAUACUUCACGGCCUCACAGAUCUGUGACCAACAUACACACACAUCUCUAGGCGGAGACACAAGAGACCUCUGCAUGUAUGCUCCCUUUCAACCUGUUUGGUGAAUUUGUCUCGCACAUCGAGUGGCAGCGGUCCGUGGCUCGCCAGGUAGGACGCUAGAGAGCCGCCCUCACACAACUCUGAUGAGAACGACGGCAGAGACACCAGAAGGGACAAGGCGGAUGGACGAAGGGGAGAAUAGACUGACUACCUAUGACGGUCAUGAGGCCGUGUUUGUCGUCUCUGCAGACGCCCAGCAGCCGCACUAUGUUGGGGUGAUCGAGUUUGGUCAUCGGGAGGGCCUUUCGCAGCACCUCCAUGAACUGCGACUGCACACAAACACAAAGAUGCGCACCGACAGCGGGGAGGCGUCUUCUGAGCAUGUACCUCUCGGUCGAGCUCUUCAUGGCCCUUGUAGAUUUUGACAGCCACGGGCCGCCCUCGGAGCUCCCCUCGACGAACAAUACCGAAGCCGCCACUCCCUGAGGAACCCGCAUGACAAACACAUGAUCCGUUCAGCCAAUGCCCUCAGCCUGGGCCGGGCGGUGAAUAAUGCUGACCGAGCUCCUUGUCGCUCACAGUGAGGUCCUUCGGGUCGAUCAGCAGAUCGGCCAUGAGGGGAGGAGAGGGGAAAG